UUAAGAGCCACCCAUAUUCUCCUUUAAAGAGUUUUUCCGUUUACCAAUAUUUAUGUUAGGACUGUAAUGUUCAUGCACUAACUAUCAUAAGAGACUCCCUUUUAUCCAUGUGUUUUGACUAUAUUUGUUUAGGACAUAAAAUCUCCAGACUCAAUACACCCAGAGUUAAUGUUUCUUUUUUUGUUGUUUUUGUCAUUAAACAGGUUAUAUUUAAAAAUGGAAAACAAAUGAACAAAACGGACCCGGAUUGUACACAUACCCAUAUUGCCUAGAACUCAUCAAAUUUUGUUACAGGACGAAUUUUCGUUGCAAAAGACAAACAAUGAGAACGAGCGGGGGAUUGGGAUUUGGAGGGAGGUGCAGUGAUUGGCUUUUACCUUCCGAAGACUCUGACCAAUAGAAAGUGAACAUACUCCUUUAAAUACUGACUGCCUUGCUCAGUAUGAUUGAUUCAACGGACGAGUAAUUCCACAACAUGAGCGGAAGAGGCAAAACAGGCGGUAAGGCUAGAGCUAAGGCUAAGACUCGCUCCUCCAGGGCUGGUCUUCAGUUUCCCGUUGGCCGUGUUCACAGGCUGCUCCGUAAGGGAAAUUAUGCUCAGCGUGUUGGUGCCGGUGCUCCAGUCUACUUGGCCGCUGUGCUCGAGUAUCUGACCGCUGAGAUCCUGGAGUUGGCUGGAAACGCCGCUCGGGACAACAAGAAGACCCGUAUCAUCCCCCGUCACCUGCAGCUGGCGGUGCGCAACGACGAGGAGCUGAACAAGCUUCUGGGUGGAGUGACCAUCGCUCAGGGUGGUGUGUUGCCCAACAUCCAGGCCGUUCUGCUUCCCAAGAAGACCGAGAAGGCUGCCAAAGGCAAAUAAAUAGCUGCUGUCUGAUAAACAAACCCCUCAAAGGCUCUUUUUAGAGCCACCCACUUUCUCCUUGAAAGAGCGGUCUGAUUAUGUCGUCUUGAGUUUAGCAGAAGUAAAUUAUUGCAUUAGUUACCAGUGUCAACAAAAGGGUCUGUUAAACAAACAAAUUUCGUAAUGCUGAAUAGCAAACCCGUGGCUAGUUUACACAAGUAAUAAUUAAUAAAAAUUUGUGAGUAUUC